CAAGAUCAAGUAAGGGAUUGCCAAAGGAGGAGGGAAGGUAGUUUUUACUUCGUAACACAUUUUUUGAUGUAAUUGUUGCAUCUGCUGCACCCGGCAGUAUUUGUCAGAUCAAGAAACAAUUGUUACUAUUAGCCCUCUCCAGAACAUUUUGGAUCAAUCCAAUUACGGAUCUCCAUUAACAAACUAACUUGUCCAAUCAAGUUCAGUUUCCGAGGCCUUUGAUUGCUUCGAGAUGAGUACGGGAGAGCUUCUCAAUAUCGAACCUCUAGAGCUCAAAUUUCCUUUUGAGCUGAAGAAGCAGAUCUCUUGUUGUCUUCAACUGUCUAAUAAAACUGUUCACCAUGUGGCUUUCAAGGUUAAAACAACAAAUCCGAAGAAGUAUUGCGUUCGUCCAAACACGGGCAUCGUGUUGGCUCGGUCAACAUGUGAUAUUAUAGUGACUAUGCAAGCACAAAAAGAGGCUCCUCCUGACAUGCAAUGCAAGGACAAGUUUCUCCUUCAGGCUGUAAAAGUUGAGGGAGCUACAAGUAAAGAUUUCUCUCUAGUAAUGUUCAAUAAGGAGGCAGGGCAUGUUGUCGAGGAGUGCAAAUUGAGAGUGGUCUAUGUCUCUCCACCUCAGCCUCCUUCUCCUGUUCAGGAAGGAUCAGAGGAAGGGUCUUCACCAAGGGGUUCUGUGUCAGACAAUGGAAAUAUCAGUGCUGCUGAGCUCUCUCUUAGUACGAGGUCUUUUGCUAAUCGGCUUGAACCUCAGGAAAAAUCUUCAGAGGCAAAAGCUCUUAUUUCAAAGCUGACUGAGGAGAAAAAUAACGCAAUUCAACAAACCAACAAGCUUAGGCAGGAACUGGAACUUUUGAGGCGAGACUGCAACAAGAACCGUGGUGGUGUGUCAUUCCUUUUUGUCAUCUUCAUUGGCUUGUUGGGCAUAAUCCUGGGAUAUCUCAUGAAGAAGAAAUAAGCACAUGUUUCUCGCUGGAUCUUUUCCCAUUUUGUCUAAUCCUCUCCCCCAUUUACCCCUGAGAAAAGAAUAAUGAUGAUGAAAUGGGAGGAACCUAAUUAGCUUAUGGUAGGGUUUAGCCCUGUGGGUCUACUUAUUGAAAUCUGAAUGAGUAUCAUUAAGUGACUAUUAGCAUGCCUUAUUAUUAUUAUUAUUUUUUGUAACUUAAAGAGGGCAAUAAUCUGAGAGGUUCUGGGAUUAUUAAUCAUUGAACCCAGUCCGAACUGAAUCAAUUAAUCUUCGUUGCUGUAACUCUUCUUGGGCUUGCGGUAGCUCUCCUCCAUGUUUUUGGAAAAGAUCGAGAGAAAUUGAGGUAG